UUGAUCGCCAGCUCCGACAGCAGGGUCGCGGCGUUGAUUGCCAGCCUCGACGGCUGGGUCUCGGCGUUGAUUGCCAGCCCCGACGACAGGUUCGCGGCGUUGAUCGCCAGCCUCGCACCCGACGGCAGGGUCGCGGAGAUGGUCCAAAGCCCCGACGGCAGGGUCGCGGCGAUGAUCGAAAGCCCCGACGGCAGUGUCGCAGCGUUAAUGCGAAGCACUGACUGCAGGAUCGCGGCGUUGGUCGACAAGCCACGAUGGUAG